UCGGUGCCGCGAGCUUGACGCAGCGGAGUGCGGGGCAGCAGGCUGGCAGCUACAUAGAGCCGCUGAUGUGCAGCACCAUCAUCUGAGGAGGAACAUGGAAUAAACAUGGCCCACAAUAGAAGCUAUUUUUUUGAAGCCCUGGAUAGAUCAGAGACCAGGCGAGAUGGAGGGUACAAGCAGAACUGGAGCUUUUCUCUUUCUGAUGACAGUGAAGAGGAAAGGAGACAUGACACGACUGUGGUGAUCGCGGAGGAGAUGGAUCGGCAGCAGCAGCCCUCCCCCGAGGGGAAGAAGUCUCCCACCCUUAGGCACUUCUCUGUCUCCGACUCCUUGAGAACAUAUGAAAACAGGUCAAAUAAUCACGCAAGGCCUCUGAACAAACUGGGACCUGGCAAGAGGCUCAGCGAUACCCCCCACACAGUAGCAUCAUCCUCCCCCAUGCCCAACAGAACCAACUACUUCAUCAUCAGCCCCACGCCGUCGCAAGGAAUAGUUUUACAAGGGCGGCACUUUCAGCACGCACACAUGCCCUCUGCAAUAAGGAAACCGGUCCAAAGCAGCCUUGAUUUGAAGGAAAGGAAAGACUUCACCACCACGCAGCAAGCUGUAGAAGUAGACAGCAUCGUCCUCACCUGUCCAGAGAUCCCAGAAGACGAGACCGUGAACAUCAAGCGACGUGUCCAGCAGAAGUGGAAACCCUUACAGGAGGGUUGCUGUAGUUUUCCUUCCCAGGUCAAACCAGCAGAGCCCCUCCGGCCAAACGUCUACGCAGCGGUGUGCGGGAAGUGCAACAAGCCGAGCGAGGACAGCAGCAAGUGUCAGAACUGUGGGAACAGCCUGGCGCUGCUGCCCUGUCAGCACGCCCAGCAGGCCACGCCUUCGUCCCCGACGCCCCGACCCCCCAUCCGCUCCCAGCCCUCCCCCGGACCAAACAGCCUUCAGAUCAGCAAGAACUUCUACAGCCCGGCCUCCACCAUGAGGGUCCCCCGAAUGGAGAUCCUGCCGGUACGAAUCACCAGCACCAGGGGGAACCUCGUGCCUCUGCACAACGGCAGGCACACGGCGCUGGCCGGGACGUCAAGCUGCUGCGUGUCCCGGAUCUCGACCAAAGGCAAGAGGACGGCGGCAGCCAAGCAGCACGAACUCAACGACCCCAUCGUCCUGUCCAGUGAUGACGAGGAGGAGGCCGACAGCGCCAGCACAGAAAGCGUCAACAGACUGGACAGCGUUUCCCCUCGGCCCGCUGACUCCGCCCACUCCUCGCCGGCGCCCUCUGGAGGAAGAGUGGAGGCUGCGGUGAAGAGCACAGGAGAACAAGAGGAGAUGAACACGGAACUGUUCGAAGACAUCAACACGAAAAUCACAAUACCCCGGAGACCCCGUAUGAAAGAUCAGUUUGGAAAUCAGCCUCCUGAGCAGUUUGCACCAAGGACAAAGAAACCCAAAUUUGUGCCGAGUAAGUGCGCCAGCAUAAUACUGGAGUGUCGGAGCGUAAGAGUGGGCACCCUGCGCAGGAUGGUGACAAAGCCUGUCGUUUUUUCCAUUGAUCAUAUCCAACUUGAAACUGAAGGCCCGGAGAUGGAUGCCCUGGAGAAGGUGAGCCUUCGGGCGUCGGAGCUGAUCAGCUGCGAGUGGUGUAGCGUCCGGAAACUCCCCGUCUUGUUCUUCCAGACAACCCCCGAGGAGUGUCUUCGCCUCCGCACGCAGCUCAACAUGUCCCAGGAGAAGGGCGGGCAGUGGUACGACUCCGCCGGGAACCAGUCAGACGAGAAGUACAUAGUUCUGAUCUUCGAGAACGGCCUGACGAUGAACGAGCAGAUGAUCCUGGAGGACAUCCUGGGCGAGAUCGGCAGGGCCAACAACCUCAGCGACUUCCCCACCAAGCUGUCCUUCGACGAGGCGAACAUCCGGCUGGUUAAUUACAACAAGGCAACGAAAGAGAAGGAGGAAAAGGCGAAACCAACACAGACGUUCACCAAAAUCACCCAGGUCUCCCCCGUUACCAAGGUCACCCAGGUCACCCCGGUCAGCAAGGUCACACAAGUCACCCCGGUGACGCCCGUCACCACGCCCGUACGGACACGGAUGGCCACCCGUCAGCAGGCCAGCACGUUCUUCGAUGACGAAGACGAGGACAUGGCCGAGCUCCAGCCCACCUUCACCGGACCGAUCGUCAAGUUAAUGGUGUAUCCUCCUCCUCCAGCCAAAGGAGGCAUAUCUGUAACGAACGAAGACCUCCACUGCCUUAAUGAUGGGGAAUUCCUCAACGACGUCAUCAUAGAUUUUUAUUUAAAAUAUUUAGUUUUAGAGAAGUUGAAAAAAGAAGACGCACAAAGAAGCCAUGUGUUCAGCUCCUUCUUUUACAAGAGACUGAACCAGAGAGAGCGGAGGAACGCCGCGGACACGACUAAUCUGCCGAUCCAGAAAAGGAAGCACAACAGGGUUAAGACGUGGACUCGGCACGUGGAUCUGUUCCAGAAAGACUUCAUCUUUGUUCCCAUCAACGAGUCAGCUCACUGGUACUUGGCAGUCAUCUGCUUCCCGGGCCUCCAGGGGCCGGAGUACGAGCCCAACCCGCUCUACCAGGGUGCGUUCGCUUCCUCGGCUCCCAGCUCGGCGCCGGCAGCAGACGGCGCGGCAGAUGAAAACAUGCUGGACCACUGCCGUCCGCUGUCCCCGGACAGGGAAGACGUGGCGGGCUCCUCGCGGCACUCGUCCCCCGGUGUGCCCGAGGCGUCCGCCGAGGUUCACCCCAACGGUGACCCCGCUAAGGACAGUUUUGCCUUCACCAACGGGGGACAAGAGCCUUCCGCCACCGCUGGAGUGCCAGUUAACGGCCAGGUCGACGCCGAGCCACAAUACACAAGCGAGUUGCACAGAAUCAGUGUGUGUUAUGGUUCAGGGAACGGGAAUGACGACACCUACACCUUCUCUGACGACAACAGCUCCUGUCAGGACGAGUGCAGUGAGGACGGGACUCUGGGAGAAGAGUCGCUCCACCCUGACAGCUCCGGCUGGACCGCCAAACCCAACCUCUGCAAGCAGCCUUGUAUUCUCAUCAUGGAUUCCCUGCGCGGCCCUGCCAGGUCAACGGUGGUGAAAACUCUGCGAGAGUACCUGGAGGUGGAGUGGGAGGUGCGUAAAGGGACUCAGAGGAGUUUCGGGAAGGACGUGAUGAAGGGCUCGAGCCCACGUGUGCCUCAGCAGGAUAACUUCAGCGACUGCGGAGUCUACAUCUUGCAAUAUGUGGAGAGCUUCUUCGAGAAUCCGAUUCCCAGUUUCCAUCUGCCAGUGAAUCUGUCCGAGUGGUUUCCUCAGCAACGGAUGAAGACGAAGCGCGAGGAGAUCAAGGAGCUCAUCCUGAAGAUCCAAGCCCAACAAGACCUGGACAAGAAGGAGAGCGACCGGGUGACGGAUUCCCCCAGCUCUCCCGAAGAGCCUGAAAUCGAAGAGACUUCUGGGUUGGCGGGUGGGCCGCAAAACUUACCCAUCAGCCCCUGAACCCCCACCCACCCACCCACCACCACCACUACCCGUGCCCCUCCCCCCACCUCCCAGACCCACAGGGGGCCAAACCUGAUUGUACGCUGCUGGUUUCCCACUUGGAUAUCUCUAAAACGGUCCAUACUCCUUCCAUUAACAGAAACCCAACACACAAACACACAUUUAAAUUUGUAUUGAAUAAAACACAAACUGUAAAUAUGCUGGAGUUUUUCCGCUGCCUUUGUAAUUUACUGUUUUAUGACUCGCUUAUGACGUGACCCAUUAAGUUAUGUUUUCAUAGAUGUUAUCUCCAGGAGGAUCUGUGCAGAAUAUACUGUUACGCUCUUGCAUCGUAUUUUUUAUGCUUACAAGUUGUGUAGAGAAGAAGAAGGAGAAGAAGAAGAAGGAGGAGAAAAAAAAAAAACAAAACGAGAAAGUUGCUGUCAUUUGUAAGUUAUAAUCCACCAGUCCGGAAAAG